AUGUUUUCGAUUGUCGCUGCACCACCUGUGGUCAAACCCAAGCCCAUGCUCGGAAGUUUGCCGCCCGAGAUACUCGUGAAGAUCGUCGGCUUCGCAAUCGGCGACUUGGUCACCAUCCACAUGUCGUUCUCAAGCGGCAGUCAGCGCGCCACUGGCAUUAUGACAUGGUCAUCACAGUGGGCUCCAAGUAUCCUGCUUGUCUCGAAGAAUAUUCGUCGAGCCGCUCAAUCAGUACUGCCCAAAGUAGGCGCCGAGCUUGAGAUCAGACGGCCGCUUUACUGCACGUGGAUGGCUCUCCGUUGGUUUCCGUCCCUCCCAUUGGCUACAAGGCAUUUUGAGAAGCUCGUUGGUAAAGAGCCCGACAGAGUUUAUGAGCUCGAGUAG